AUGCGCGUCCAAACUGUCGCAACUGCCCUCCCCCUGCUGAUGCUCGCCUCAAGCGUCGCAGCCGUGGACUGUUCAACCCACAGCUUCACCACCUGCGCCGACAAGAUCGUCCACUGGUUCGACCCAGACACUGGCGAAAUCUGCGAUCCCCUAGACUGUGGUGGUGGCCGUGCUCCCCCCAAGACUGAUGUCCCCGGAUGUCCUAUGUACACCGGCACCGAGACCCGAGCCACCAGCAAGUCAUAUCUUUCUUGCUGGACACCCUCAGCCAGUGCUACUCCCACGACUGAAAGCACAGCUGAGACCACCGCUGAGUCUACCUCUUCCACCUCUGACGGACCUGAUGUUGCCACCUCGACUUCUGUCGUAACCGCGACUUCUCCCACCACUGUUGUCGUGACUUCAACUGCGACUGGAAGCCAAACCAGCGGCGCUGCCACUAGCCCUUCGACUACUCCUGCGGCUUCUCUUUCCUCCAGCCAAGGCGCCUCUGGAAGUACAAGUGGAAGUGGAAGCGGAAGUAACACUGCUAGCAGCAGUGGCUCUGCUUCGGCUCAAACAACGACGACUUUCAACGCUGCUGGUGCGUUGACUGGGUCGCUUGCCGCUGUUGCUGGUGUUGCUCUUGGUGCGAUCGCUUUUGUCUAA